AUGUCCAGUCCCUCGAGGCAAAUCAAAUGCGUGGUAGUUGGCGAUGGCACUGUGGGAAAGACUUGCAUGCUGAUUUCGUAUACUACUGACUCAUUUCCAGUGCAGUACGUGCCUACAGUCUUUGACAACUAUUCUGCUCAAAUGACAUUGGACAAUCACACGGUUAAUCUCGGAUUAUGGGAUACUGCUGGACAGUCUGGAGUAGCUACGUACGAUCUCACCCACUUCAAUAACAUUUGCCCGAUCAUCCUAUGCCCACAGGCCUCCUAG